AUGACUUAUGAAAUAACCCCCCAAGAUUUUUGUGCUAUUGUCCGCAAUCCUCGUUGCCAAGGUAAAGAAGUAGAAAAUGGUCUAGCCAAAGAAGGGCAUCCCCAUUGUGGGGAAUGUAAUUAUGGUGGGCAACAUAAAAUGGGCGAUGAUUUACGACAAAUUAAUCAGAAUUUUAGGGCUUUUGAUGUUUUAGUAAAAAAACAAGCCAAAAUCUCCCAAGCCAAGAAUGAAAAAGAUUUUAAUGAGGCCAAGAAUAAAUUAUUAUCUUCUUUCCAAGAAUUGAAAAAGAAAUGUGAAGAUGAGGCGGGAACAGGAUUUUUUUAUGGUAGUUGUAUUGGAUUGGAUGGUAACAAAGGUGAUUUCUCAGAAAGAAUUAAAUCCACUUUUCGUCGCCUAGCCAAAGAAUUAGGCUAUUACAUUGGCAAAGAGGAAAAAGAUCCGGUUAAGAAAGCCCGUUUAUUUGCCGCCCUAAGUCAAAAAAAUCAAGCGAUUAAAUCUUUACAAGUUGAAUUAAGAAAAGAUCCGGUUUAUGACUUAUUUAGUGCGGAGAAGUCGGAGGAGUUAAGUAACAUAGUCCGUAAUAUUUUCCAAAGCAAGCCUAAUACUUCCUUUUUUACUUGGAAGAGAAAAGAAGAGGAGGAAACAGAGAAAGUGUCAGAAAGUAAGAAAUAUUUAGGCUUUAUUUCCCAAGAAGCGGGUAAGAACACCCUAUUAAUUACGGGAGGAUUACUAGGAUUACUUUUAGUUUGGUGA